CAGUAAACUUGACAGAGUGGCCGAGCGCGUAUACAAGUUCCCAGAGGCCAACUAACAAACUCCAAGCCCAUCUUGCGUCGGGGCAGGCUCUACCUAAGAAGCACAAUCUCAUUUCGAUCAAUUUGACCUCUCCGGCCGCCUUCACCACCUCUCAUUGCAUCUUCCAGCAUGCACUGUUGAAGCCGGUCCGGGUCACGAACAUACCAAGAUGGAUCAAGCACAGUACGAUGCGAUUAAGGACAAUUGGGCGGAGGUGGAGGAUAGAGAUGGCGUCAGACUCAGCUGGAACAUUAUCCCAUCGUCGCGCAUGGAAGCGAACAGACUGGUGGUACCUCUGAGUGUGAUGCUCACACCUCUGAAGGAGCUUAACAAACCUCUCCUGAACUACGAACCUGUUACCUGCAAGCCUCCUUGUCGAGCAGUCCUCAAUCCAUUCGCGAAUGUUGACGUUCGGGCAAAGAUAUGGAUAUGUCCCUUCUGUCUGCAGAGAAAUCAAUUGCCUCGUCACUAUGGAGAUAUCAGCGCCGAGAACGUCCCUCCAGAGAUGCACAGUCUAAACACCACAGUUGAAUACCAACUUGCUCGACCUGCGCCAGCUCCGCCGAUCUUCGUCUAUGUCGUCGAUACCGCGAUAGAAGAUGACAGCCUGCAAGCCUUGAAGGAGACCUUGGUCAUGAGCUUGUCAUUACUUCCUGCGAACGCACUGGUUGGAUUGGUCACGUUUGGCACAAACGUCGCUGUUCAUGAGAUAGGAUAUACAGAGUGCCAGAAGUCAUACGUGUUCAGGGGGAGCAAAGACUAUGCCGCAAAGCAGGUCCAAGAGAUGCUCGGCCUCGCAGCCCCAGGACUGAGACCCAACGUUCCUCCGCAGCAAGGCCGACCUCCUCCACCAAUGGGACCGGCAGCUCGAUUCCUCCUCCCAGUUCAACAAGCCGAAUUUCAGAUUACAAACGCGAUUGAACAGCUACAGAAGGAUCCGUGGCCUGUUGCAAACGACCGUCGUCCACUAAGAGCGACAGGUGUUGCUAUGAGCAUCGCUGUGGGCUUGUUGGAGACCUCGUUCCAAAAUGCAGGAGCUAGAAUAAUGCUCUUUGCGGGUGGUGCGGCUACAGAAGGUCCCGGCCUUGUGGUUGGUCCCGAGCUACGUGAACCCAUUCGAUCACAUCACGACAUUGAUCGUGAUAAUGUCAAAUACUUCAAGAAGGCUAUGAAGUUCUACGAGACGUUGGCCAAACGAACGGCUCACAACGGACACAUCAUUGACCUCUAUGUCGGCUGCCUCGAUCAAGUUGGUCUCCUCGAGAUGAAGAGUCUGGCGAACUCCACUGGUGGCCAUAUGGUCUUGACAGACAGCUUCACUUCGUCCCAGUUCAAGCAGUCGUUCGUACGAGUCUUCGACAAGGACGAGAAUGACAACCUCCUUAUGGGAUUCAAUGGCUCACUUGAAGUCGUUACGACAAAAGAGCUCAAGGUCACUGGCCUUAUUGGGCAUGCUGUAUCACAGAACAAGAAGUCAGCCUCUGUUGGCGAGACCGAAUGUGGCAUUGGAAACACGUGUCUUUGGAAGAUGUGUGGUGUCGAUCCCACAUCGAGUUAUGGUGUUUACUUUGAAGUCGCCAAUCAAGGUGGCCCGACACCAGUUCAACAAGGUCCGCAACGUGGCAUGAUGCAGUUCUUGACCUACUAUCAACACUCUUCUGGACAGUAUCAUCUGCGCGUUACGACAGUCGCAAGGAAUCUUAGUGGACCUGCCGGUGAUCCAGCCUUGGCACAAUCCUUUGACCAAGAAGCUGCUGCAGUACUCAUGGCGAGGAUUGCAGUCUUCAAAGCCGAGGUCGACGAUGGUCCCGAUGUAUUGAGAUGGGUCGACCGAAUGCUCAUUCGACUCUGCUCACGCUAUGCAGAUUACCGCAAAGACGAUCCCACCUCCUUCCGACUCGACAAAAACUUCACUUUGUAUCCCCAAUUUAUGUUCCACCUUCGCCGAUCGCAAUUCUUACAAGUGUUCAACAAUUCACCAGAUGAAACUGCAUUCUACCGGCACGUGCUCAACCAUGAGUACGUUGGCGACUCUUUGAUCAUGAUACAGCCAACCUUAGAUUCUUAUGGUCUUGAGCAAGAGGGUGGCAUGCCGGUGCUGCUUGACUCUGCAUCUAUUCAGCCUCAAACCAUACUCCUCCUCGACACGUUCUUCCAGAUCCUCAUUUUCCACGGCGAGACGAUGGCGGAGUGGCGCAAAGCUGGCUACCACGAACAGGAAGGUUAUGAGAACUUCAAAGCUGUUCUCGAAGCACCAAAGGAGGACGCUCGAGAAUUGGUUCAAGAUCGUUUCCCUUUGCCUAGAUUUAUUAUUUGCGACGCUGGAGGCUCCCAGGCUCGUUUCCUCCUGUCGAAACUGAAUCCAUCGACCACUCACGCCACUGGAGGAUAUGGAGGUGUUUCGCAAACCGCACAGACGAUUUUCACCGAUGAUGUGUCUUUGCAGACUUUCAUGGAUCAUCUCAUGAAGUAAGUCCGUCCGAUUCCUCACGAGUUUGUUUGUGCUAACGGAUUUAGGCUUGCUGUGUCUGGUUCCAGCUAAAAGUAGAUGAGGGACCGAAUACUAGGAGCAAGGCAAUGAGAUGACCGAGGACGAGUAGAUAGAGCUCGGAGUCGAUGUUGAUGGUAGAGAUUGUUAGUACUCCGUGCCAAACCAUGAUUGCCAUCCACAAACUGUCGUCUCUGGUCCACCGUAGAAAUACGCCCUGCUCACGUGCCUGCUUUAGGUGUGUUGGGACAAAACCACUGGAUUAGGGAUUACG